UUUUUGACGUUUGCUGUCACGCAAAUUCGGGGCAAAAACACAACACAUUACGUUUGGUGCCCAGAAAAAGUGAAAAUUACCAAGGAAAUCUCGAGUUUUUGUCCUGAAAAAGUUAGUCAAACCCGAGUUUCAUCAUGUACGAAAACGAAGAAGAUCAAUAUGAAGAGGAGGAUCAGGAAGAAAUCUCUCAUGAACUCUGGCAGGAAGCAUGUUGGAUCGUCAUUAACGCCUAUUUCGACGAAAAAGGUCUCGUACGGCAACAAUUGGACAGCUUCGACGAGUUCAUACAGAUGUCUGUACAACGUAUUGUCGAGGAUUCGCCGGCAAUUGACCUACAAGCGGAAGCCCAACACACGAGCGGUGAACUGGAAAAUCCUCCGCGAUUUUUGCUGAAAUUCGAUCAAAUUUACCUUUCCAAACCGACACAUUGGGAGAAAGAUGGCAGUCCAAGUCCCAUGAUGCCCAAUGAAGCUCGUUUGAGGAACCUGACGUACUCGGCGCCCCUUUAUGUCGACAUCACAAAGACGAAAAUCGUCGAGGGGCAGGAGCCGAUCGAGACUCAGCACCAAAAAACGUUCAUCGGCAAGAUUCCCAUCAUGUUGCGGUCAACUUAUUGCCUUCUGAGUCAGUUAACGGAUCGAGAUUUGACAGAAUUGAACGAAUGUCCCUUGGAUCCGGGCGGUUACUUCAUCAUUAACGGCUCCGAGAAGGUUUUAAUCGCUCAAGAGAAGAUGGCAACGAACACAGUUUACGUUUUCAGCAUGAAAGACGGCAAAUACGCGUACAAAGCUGAGAUCCGUUCAUGCUUGGAGCACAGUUCGCGUCCCACAUCCACACUUUGGGUCAAUAUGAUGGCACGCGGCGGACAAGGAAUGAAAAAAUCCGCCAUCGGACAACGUGUUAUCGCCAUUUUGCCGUAUAUCAAGCAAGAAAUCCCCAUUAUGAUCGUUUUUCGUGCUCUUGGAUUCGUCGCAGAUCGUGAUAUUUUGGAACACAUCAUCUACGACUUUGACGAUCCCGAAAUGAUGGAAAUGGUAAAACCCUCGCUCGAUGAGGCUUUUGUCGUGCAAGAGCAAAAUGUCGCGUUGAACUUUAUUGGAGCGCGUGGUGCGAGGCCCGGCGUGACGAAAGACAAGCGUAUCAAGUACGCGAAGGAAAUUUUGCAGAAGGAAAUGUUGCCGCAUGUGGGCGUUUCGGACUUUUGUGAGACGAAGAAGGCGUACUUUUUGGGCUACAUGGUGCAUCGGUUGCUGCUUGCGUCGUUGGGACGUCGCGAAUUGGAUGAUCGUGAUCAUUACGGGAACAAGCGGUUGGAUUUGGCAGGACCUUUGUUGGCUUUCCUGUUUCGCGGGCUGUUUAAAAAUUUGAUGAAGGAGGUUCGAAUGUACGCCCAAAAAUUCAUCGAUCGCGGCAAAGACUUCAACUUGGAACUCGCCAUCAAGACAAAAAUCAUCACCGACGGCUUACGAUAUUCCCUUGCUACCGGCAACUGGGGCGACCAAAAGAAAGCUCAUCAAGCCCGUGCUGGCGUCUCUCAAGUCUUGAACCGUUUAACGUUCGCUUCUACUUUAUCUCAUUUACGUCGUGUCAACUCCCCCAUUGGUCGCGACGGAAAACUCGCCAAACCCCGUCAGUUACACAACACGCUAUGGGGCAUGAUCUGUCCCGCCGAAACCCCCGAGGGAGCUGCUGUCGGUCUCGUCAAAAAUUUAGCUCUCAUGGCUUACAUUUCGGUCGGAUCGCAACCUUCGCCGAUUUUGGAGUUCUUGGAAGAGUGGUCGAUGGAAAAUUUGGAAGAAAUUGCGCCAUCCGCCAUCGCAGAUGCGACAAAAAUCUUCGUGAACGGUUGCUGGGUCGGAAUUCAUCGCGAUCCGGAACAACUUAUGGCCACACUGAGAAAGUUGCGACGUCAAAUGGACAUUAUUGUGUCGGAAGUCAGUAUGAUUCGCGAUAUUAGGGAUCGUGAAAUACGAAUUUACACUGAUGCGGGUAGGAUUUGUCGCCCCUUGUUGAUUGUAGAAAACGGAAAAUUACUGUUGAAGAAGCGCGAUAUUGAAAUGUUGAAAGAUCGGGACUAUAAUAACUUCGGAUGGCAAGUUUUGGUUGCCUCUGGGGUUGUGGAGUACAUCGAUACGUUGGAAGAAGAGACAGUUAUGAUUGCGAUGACUCCCUUUGAUUUGACUCAGGAUAAGGAAAAUGCUUAUUGUACGACUUACACGCAUUGCGAGAUCCAUCCGGCGAUGAUUUUGGGCGUUUGUGCUUCAAUUAUCCCCUUUCCGGAUCACAAUCAGAGUCCCCGUAACACCUAUCAAAGUGCUAUGGGUAAACAAGCGAUGGGCGUUUAUAUCACGAAUUUCCACGUUCGCAUGGACACCCUUGCCCAUGUCUUGUAUUACCCCAUGAAGCCACUUGUAACGACGCGUUCCAUGGAAUAUCUCCGUUUCCGUGAACUUCCAGCUGGAAUCAACUCAAUUGUCGCUAUUUUAUGCUACACCGGAUACAAUCAAGAAGACAGCGUUAUCCUGAAUGCUUCUGCCGUCGAACGAGGCUUUUUCCGUUCCGUCUUCUACCGUUCCUACAAAGACUCGGAGAACAAACGUGUUGGCGAUCAAGAAGAACAAUUCGAAAAACCCAAUCGUCAAACGUGUCAAGGCAUGCGAAACGCCCUGUACGACAAAUUAGACGACGACGGGAUUAUUGCGCCCGGCAUUCGUGUCUCGGGUGACGAUGUGGUUAUCGGAAAAACGAUCCAGUUGGCAGAUAAUGAGGAUGAACUGGAUGGCACGACGAAGAGAUAUACGAAAAGAGAUGCGUCGACGUUCUUGAGAAAUUCGGAAACGGGAAUUGUGGAUCAAGUUAUGCUCACAUUAAACUCCGAGGGAUAUAAAUUCUGCAAAAUUCGUGUAAGGUCGGUACGUAUUCCGCAAAUUGGCGAUAAAUUUGCGUCGCGGCACGGGCAAAAAGGUACCUGCGGGAUUCAGUAUCGGCAGGAGGAUAUGCCGUUUACGUGUGAAGGUCUCACCCCGGAUAUCAUCAUCAAUCCCCACGCUAUCCCGUCUCGGAUGACAAUUGGCCAUUUAAUCGAGUGCAUUCAAGGCAAACUUGGUUCAAACAAGGGAGAAAUUGGCGAUGCGACACCGUUCAACGAUGCUGUCAACGUACAAAAAAUCUCUACCUUCUUGCAAGAUUACGGAUAUCAACUCAGAGGUAACGAAGUGAUGUACAACGGGCACACGGGACGCAAAAUUAAUGCACAAGUCUUCUUGGGCCCGACUUAUUAUCAACGUUUGAAGCACAUGGUAGACGACAAAAUCCAUUCGAGAGCUCGUGGUCCGGUGCAAAUUCUCGUAAGACAACCCAUGGAAGGUCGUGCGCGUGAUGGCGGCUUGCGUUUCGGCGAGAUGGAACGUGAUUGUCAAAUUUCCCAUGGAGCGGCACAGUUUUUGCGAGAACGUUUGUUUGAGGUCUCAGAUCCUUAUCGGAUUCACGUGUGCAACUUCUGCGGCUUGAUUGCGAUCGCUAAUUUGAGAAAUAACACGUUUGAGUGCAAGGGAUGCAAAAAUAAGACUCAGAUUUCUCAAGUCAAACUGCCGUAUGCCGCUAAAUUGCUAUUCCAGGAACUGAUGUCUAUGAAUAUUGCGCCACGUCUCAUGGUCAUCUAAGCGUUAAAAUCAACAAAUAUUAGAUACUUAAGUCCCUUUUUCCAUGAAAAAUGAAUAAAAAUUUAAUUAAA